AUGUCAACAUCACUUGCUCAAGCUCAACAAGCUAUGUCUUUAUAUGGUUUGUCAACAUUUUAUAUUCUGGGUACAAUUGGUAAUUUUCUAUUGAUUUCAAUUCUUGUGCAACGUACUCAUCGACAAAAUUCAUGUUCAUUGUAUUUACUUUCGGCUACAUUUGUUAAUUUUAUUCUUAUUCAAUGUAUUUUACCAUUAGCUAUCUAUUCUGGAGAUCAUGAGGAUCCACAAAAUAAGCUGCUCAUUUGGUGUAAAAUUCGUAGUUAUUUAUUCAAUGCUCUUCUUAUGCUUUAUCGUUGGUUUAAAAUGGCAGCUUGUAUUGAUCGUGCAGCUAUGUGCAGUCGUCGUGCAUGGAUACGAUCAUUCAGUAAUGUUUCGUUUGCUUAUCGAACUAUUUCAAUUAUAACAAUUGUUUGGCUUUUAAUACCUAUUCAUUUAGCUGUCUAUUUUCGAAUUGAAGCUGGUCAUUGUGUACCACAAUCAGGUGUUUAUUCAAAGAUUUUUAGUGCAUAUUCAAUUAUAAUAUCCGGUUGGUCACCACCAAUAGUAAUGGCAAUAUUUGGCUUGAUUGCCUAUAAAAAUUUAAAAAAAGUAAGAGCACGAGUUACUCCUUCAAACUUUUCUGGUGGUAAUAAUGGUGAUUAUUCAAGCAAUUCAAUUAGAAGAACAAUAAAUACUCGACUUUUUAGUAAACGAGAUCAACAAUUACUACUAUUGCUUAUUUGUGAAGUUUUUCUUUAUAUUUUUACAAAUCUUCUUUAUUCAAUUAAUAUAACUUAUUCAGCAAUUACUUCAAAUUAUCUAAAAGAUAUUGAAAGAAUUCGCAUUGAAUCAUUUAUUUCUUAUUUUUCAACACCAUUUCUUAUUAUUAUUAAUAAUUGUGCAACUUUUUAUCUAUAUCUUAUUGUUUCAAGUAAAUUUCGACAAGACGUUAAAAAAUUUUUAACUUCUUGUUGUCAUUUGCAUCAGGUGGCACCAGCACAGAUUAAUCCUGCAAUAAUUAUUAAUAGAGCGACAACGACCAACCAUCAAUUGUAA